AUGUCUAGUAUCGAAGAGCAGAUUCAGGAGGCUUCAGCUCGGAACGCAGAGCUCCUGCGCACCCUCGCUGAGACAGAUUAUGCCCAGCCCUCCCUCAAGGAACAGAUUGUUUUAAUCAAUGAUCUGCAAAAGCAAAUUGAGAAGAACGAUAAAAAUCUUGCGUUCUACGACACUCAGCGAAAGGUCGAGCUCAAGGAUCAUGAAAAGUACCGUGACAGCCAUUUCCGCCGUUUCAUCUACAAGGCUACAGGAAACAAGGACAAGUUUGCCGAAAAGGCCAGCAAAGAGGAGAAGGAGUACUACGAUGUCCUUCAGAAGCAGCACGAAACGACCGUCCUGAACAAUGGCCUCAAGGAGCAGCAUGAUGAAGCCAAGAGGGUUCGCGGCGAGCUCGAGACGGCCGUGGAACUCCACAACCACAGUCAGCUCGAGCUAGAUAGCCUAUACAAUUCAAUCUUUGCGGGAGAGACGUCUCGUUUCCCUGAGGAAGAUGCGCUAGAGCGCGAGAGCGACAAUUCGCUGCAGCGCUACCAUGAUCUGCGCACUAAGCUCGAGGAAGAGAUGCGCGUUAUUAAGCUGGUGAACCAGGCUCAGGGAAAAGUCAAGACAGCCCUUCAACAUAUGGGAGAUGCUCGCUCGGCCUCUCGCAUGGACAUGUUUGGCUUCGAUGGUAUUGCUGACGCCAUGGAGCGCAGCGCUCUCACAAAGGCCGAUAUAGCCUAUCGUGAUGCGAGGAGUUUUGCCGAGCGAGCAAACUUUGAUGACCUACCGGCCGUCAAUAUCAAUCACGGCCACAUCAUGCGGGACAUUGUUUUUGAUAACAUAUUUACCGAUAUGCAGUUUCAUGAGGAGAUCAAGCGGGCCCAGAACGAGAUGGGGAAGUUUAGCAAUUUUAUCAACCAGAAAUUGGUAAUGUCCCAAGACAGGAAGAAGGAUGUUGAGGUAGAGCUCAAGCAGGCAGAGAAGGAUCUUGAGGCCGCCAGGACCAACCUACAGGCAGAACGCAUGAAGUUAUUUGAACAGGUUGCCAAGCGUGCGCCGUAA